GUCAGGGAGACAGCCGGAUACGGACACACAGACGAUCAGGUGAACAGGCACACAGACUGCCGGUCAGAGGCGGGCACCAUGAUCCACAGCCUGUUCCUGGUGAACUCCUCGGGCGACAUCUUCCUGGAGAAGCACUGGAAGAGCGUGGUGAGCCGCUCCGUGUGCGACUACUUCUUCGAGGCGCAGGAGCGGGCGUCGGAGCCGGAGAACGUGCCGCCCGUCAUCCCCACGCCACACCACUACCUCAUCAGCGUGCUGCGCCACCGCAUCUACUUCGUGGCUGUCAUCCAGAGCGAGGUCCCGCCCCUCUUCGUCAUCGAGUUCUUGCACAGGGUCGUGGACACCUUCCAGGACUAUUUUGGAGUGUGCUCAGAGGCAGCCAUCAAGGACAAUGUUGUGGUUGUGUAUGAGCUGCUGGAGGAGAUGCUGGAUAAUGGCUUCCCGCUGGCCACUGAGUCCAACAUCCUGAAGGAGCUCAUCAAGCCCCCCACCAUCCUGCGCACUGUCGUCAACACUAUCACAGGCAGCACCAACGUGGGAGAGCAGCUCCCGACUGGCCAGCUGUCAGUGGUGCCGUGGCGCCGCACUGGUGUAAAGUACACCAACAACGAGGCCUACUUCGACGUGGUGGAGGAGAUCGACGCCAUCAUCGACAAGUCAGGCUCCACCAUCACCGCCGAGAUCCAGGGAGUGAUCGAUGCCUGUGUGAAGCUGUCGGGGAUGCCCGAUCUCACCCUCUCCUUCAUGAACCCGCGUCUCCUGGACGAUGUCAGUUUCCACCCAUGUGUUCGCUUCAAGCGCUGGGAGGCCGAGAGGAUCCUGUCCUUCAUCCCCCCCGACGGCAACUUCCGCCUGCUGUCCUACCACGUCAGCUCGCAGAACUUGGUGGCUAUCCCAGUUUACGUGAAGCAUAACAUCAGUUUCCGGGAGGGCAGCUCCCUGGGGCGCUUCGAGCUGACCCUGGGGCCCAAGCAGACCAUGGGCAAGGCGGUGGAGGCUGUGCUGGUGACCUCCCAGCUGCCCCGUGGCGUGCUGACCGCCAACCUCACCCCCUCGCAGGGCACCUUCACGUUCGACCCCGUCACCAAGAUGCUGACGUGGGAUGUUGGGAAGAUCAACCCCCAGAAACUGCCCAGUCUGAAGGGAACUAUGAGCCUGCAGGCCGGGGCCUCCAAACCUGAUGAGAAUCCGACGAUUAACAUCCAGUUCAAGAUACAGCAACUCGCCAUCUCCGGUCUGAAGGUGAAUCGUCUGGACAUGUACGGGGAGAAGUACAAACCCUUCAAGGGCAUCAAGUACAUGACCAAAGCGGGCAAGUUCCAGGUCCGAACAUAGAGCCCAGCCUGGCAGCUCCCUGGACUGAGAGGGAGGGGUCGGCCUCCCUCACGCUUCCCUGGGGUGUCCCCAGGGAGGAGAAUUUCCUAUUGUGCCGUUUUGUGCUGUUUUCCCCACACAAGAUGAUUGUGCUGUUCCUCCUCCCCUCUGCCGUUCAUCCCUACCUCCCCACGUACAUUUCUCUGUCUACCUCUGUCCUCUGACCCUUACUCUGCAGACUUAAGAAUGGAGGAAGACCUGCUGUUCAGAGCUAACAGAUGCAGUUCCAUGAUCCCGUCUGGUGACCCAAUCUUGAGAUUUACAGGGGGCGGGGCUGGAAGUGUGAUGGGUGUGGCCUGUUGGGUGGGGGUGUGGUUUACAGCAGGGGGUGGGGACAAUUCCAUUGUGAAUAAUUCCAUCAGAGGAAUCUCAUCUGAUUAAUCCACAUUGACCUUUUGGGACGAAACUAAAAACAGUCUAGGUCUGCUUUUCAUCCUGAAGAUCAUUCCCUGUUACUCCGGCCUAAGUACAGUUAUCAGUAGUCUCAAGAUAUCAGUUCAUGAAGUCUCAAGGUGUUGUCAGUAGUUUAAUCUAGUUCUGGAUCAUACAAAUAAUCCGAUUGCCGCUGAGAGUGGUCAGGUCUGAGAAAAAUGUUUCUACUUUUUUCAUUAAUAACACUUGCGGAACCGUGUGCAAAAUUGCUCUCCUCCCCAGUCUGGCCACUUGAGUAGUAAUAACAAUUAUUCAUAACGAUCGCAGCUUCGACAAAACCAGUUCACAGGAUGCAGCUCGCCAUCUUGCCAGAUUUAGGACUGAAAGGACAAGUUGGAACGGCUUGGCCACUCGAGUGCAGGAUCGGGAGCGUCUCGGCAGGGAUUGGGGUUGGGGUUGGGAGCAGCAGGGGUCCUGUCCCUUAUCGGCGACCGCUGGGACGCGCCAGGCGCCUGCGCGCUCGCGGUCCCGUCAGCCAGACAAACGAUGCGCCUCCAGUCUUCCCAUGAUGCACCGCGUGGGCCUUGCGGGGUCGCGACUUCGGGAGAACAUCCGCAUAACGGUGCGGGCUGAGCGGCAGCUAUUGCAACGAGUCUCCGUUUUCGGUCGGGAACGAUGGAAUAUCGUGGGAUCCAGUCUGGCUGCCAGAUUUUGAGGCUGACAGCGGACUGGGAGAGAAGCCCCGCUGUUGAGCUCUUCUUCCGCGAGCGUGAGCUCAGGGAGUUCGAGAAAGGGCCCAGACGGGCCUGGUUUUGGCUGUGCUGGUCAUAUUACUGAUAAAAAUAACCCGCCCACCCCUGUCGGUGUGUUCCCCCAGCUGCGUGACUCGGGGCUCAGACGCAGUGCGGCCUCUCUGCUGCGCAGGCCGCUGUGUGUUGCUGCCUCUGGCUGCGCAGCUCCUGGCGCCUUGGUCCUGCAAUCAGCCAGGCACCCUGUGAGAGAGUCGCAGCGAGACCGGGGGCACUGAGGUGAAGGUCUCGUGUGUUUUUACCCAAGCUGACGCCCAGCGCAGGCUCCGUUUCAGCCCCCGCCGUGCAGUUCUGCAGCUCUCCUGCAGGGGGCGACGUCUCUAGCAGUGCAUUGCUCUCAGCAGCGAGCUGAAUCGUGUCCCACGCUCCCUUGCUGGCCUGGCGCAGUGGGACAGCAGGAUGGCAGUGGAGCUCCUGUGGUGCCCCCGAUGGAGUUUUUGGAAUGUCACAGGGAGCCCCAGGUUUAGGAAAUUUCUUUUACAUUUUCAACUGUAAAAUCUUACAAGCAGAUCCCCCGUGAAGAGCUGCCCGAGCCUUGACUUUCACACUCCUAGAAACGGGGAGGUUGGGCGGAUAUUCCUGAUGAAGCCCUGAAGUCUACUCCCCCCUCAGUUCCAGUUGCUCAGCAGUUUCGAUCCACUCCAGGUUUUGCGGUGUGUGCUCUUCCUCGGUCAGGAUUGUGAAAUACCCAGCGCUCACACCCGUGUCCUGAGGCUCCUACAGUCCUCCAUGGUGUUGCACACCGGCGGUCUGCUUCUCCCCAGACCGCGCGUCCGGGAGCAGAGCGCAGGUGGGCCCCACUUCCUCCUCCACCCUGAGAACGAGGGGCGUGGGCCUGCUGUUCCUGCCCCCUUGUCAGCGCCCCUUCACUUGUUCGUGUGCUUGUUUCGCUCGGGUUUGGUUUGUUGCUGUGUUCUGGUCGACCGUUUUCGCAGACCAAAAAAACAAAACAACAACUGUAUGGUGAAACUGAGCAAUGAAAUAAAUCGAAAUGAAGUGGGAACA